AUGACGUCGCACGAAGUAGAACUUGACGGACGCACAUACACAGUGAAACCGAUUCGCAAUCUCAAUGGCCACUCAAUUGGACCGUACCGGAUUCACGCCGGAAAGACGGUACCAAUUGUAAAAGGCGGCGACCAAACUAAAAUGGAGGAGAAUGAGGUUUAUGCUAUCGAGACUUUUGGAUCGACUGGUAAAGGAUACGUGCACGACGACAUGGAAUGUUCACACUACAUGAAGAACUUCGAACUGGCUGAAGAGCAUAUUCCGCUGAGACUACCUCGUUCAAAAGCUCUUCUUAAUACCAUCGACAAGAACUUCGGCACACUUGCAUUCUGUCGAAGAUGGGUUGAUCGACUGGGUGAAACAAAAUACCUCAUGUCACUAAAGGAUCUUUGCGACAAGGGAAUCGUAGACCCAUAUCCUCCGCUGUGCGAUGUGAAAGGCUGCUAUACAGCUCAAUGGGAGCACACGCUCGUACUUCGCCCGACAUGCAAAGAAGUAUUAUCGCGAGGCGAAGAUUAUUAA